AUGAUCAUUAAUUAUCUAAAGCAUCAAUUAACGCAAAAGGAGAAAUCCGACAUGUAUAAACACUUUGACAGAUAUAAACUGACAAUGAAAAUUAAAGAUAUUAACGUUGAUUAUGUGGAUGAGGUGGAAAAGAAGAUUGGAAACAAUACCAUUCUAUCCUAUCAUGCAGGUGUGAGUGUAAUUGUUUCCAUGACAUACGACAACUUCAACUCACAUGAACAAAUUGGUUGUGGAAAUUUCCAAUGUGAUAGUAGAGGUAAAGCAGUAUUGGAAGCGAAGAGAAUUGCCAUAGACGAUGCAUGCCAGAGAGUUUGCAGGGUUUUUGGUGAUAUCCACUCUGGACAUCAUAAUUUAAUGAUGGCAAGAAAACAGUAA